CUGAUCAUAUCUUCUUGAACAAUAUGAUUAGACGUCCUGUAUUUAAGUGUUUGCGUUACCUAUGCUUUUUAAAUGGACAAGAUGAAAAGCAAUGAACAUUCAUUUCCAAAAAAGUCUCAGAUAAUCGAACUGCCAACUGACGGGCCUACAUGUUCACAUGGUCCUAUGUUAAAAAUAGUUGAUCAGAUCUCCCAUUCGUUUCAUUAUGCUUGUUCGGCAUUUCGUGAUAAAGGUGAAUGUGAGAAACAAGACUUGUACCAGAGCAGCACUUUUAGAAACUGGCCAUUGGAAGAUAUUCUUGAGAUAAGUCAGUCAGAUAGAGCCUAUUGUUACACUUGUGAUUGUUUGUUUUCGUUGUCACUGAGUGGAAAAAAGCAUGAAAUGCACGAGUAUAGGAAAAAUUUAUCAAAUAAUCUAUUGGGAAUGCCAUCGUACCUGCUAAAACCACUCGAAAAUUCUAAGGCUCAUGCACAAUAUUUUUUCUCCUUAGACAGUUUGAAUCGACUGUAUUCCAUUAUUCAAAAACUGUCAGUAAACUAUGUCAUCUGUAUUGGUUCACCACGUCUACAUGAUUUCAUCCAACUUCAGCACAUACAUAGAGGGCAAUUAUUAGACUCGUAUUUAUUAGAUAUGGACUUUCGGCUGUCUAGUUUCUAUAAUCCACAUCGUUUCUCACGAUAUAAUAUGGUAAACGGAUUUUUCUUCAGUCGAACGGAAGAAGAAAAAUUUCAUCAUUUCAUCAAGGAUAAUAUAAAGCCUGGUGAUAAAUGCUGCAUAUUCUGUGAUCCUCCAUUCUCUGCACCAUUGUCGUUAGUUGUGAAGCAGAUCAAUUCAAUAAUACAGUAUAUUUCAAGUUUCAAAAGUACUUUGCAAUAUACGAUAAUUAUACACUUUUAGUUACUAAAAAUAAUUGCAAGAAUUUAAAUCAAAAUGAUAUUCCAUAUCUGCUAGUUCUCCCAUUUUUCUUCGAGAAAAAGCUGCGGAAGAUUGCCCCCUUUUUGAACUUGCUAGAUUAUAAAGUAAUCAACAGUGUUGCUAAUGUUAUUACACGUAAAGAUCACUUAUGAAAACCACUCAAGACUGGAUUGUGAUAUCACUGAUAAUCGAAACCACAGGGAUUUAAAUAAUAAAACUGGUGAUUCAAAUAGAGGACAGAGGCGCGACUCAAUUGUUCGCUUAUUUACAAGUUUACUGCCUUCUUUGGUCCAUCCACCUAAAUCAGUAGAGGAAUGUUUCAGGUUUUGUGAAAUUUGUCAACGUUAUUCGCACAUAGCAAAUCUACACUGUCCUAAAUGUGACCGUUGCACAACUAAAAAUGGACCAACCUAUGUACACUGUGAUAAAUGUAAUCGAUGUAGACCUGCUAAGAAAUUUCAUUGCGAUCAAUGUAAGCAUUGCGUAUCUAUCAAUCAAUGCGUUCAUCAAUUCAAACGCAAAAAGCUCUCUUACAAUACAUCUGAUAAUUUAUAAUUUGUAAAGUAAUAUUUAUUCAAUAAAAUAUUUUCUACUUUAAAAUCUUUAAUUUUUUUAAUGGAAAUAUUAUGUUUGAUUUCAUUGGUCAUGUAUGUUGAC